AUGAAUGUACGUUUUAGUAAUAACAAAUGGUUUUGGAACAACAUGGACAUGGGAUUUAUUAAAGCAGAAAGGGGAGACGAUAAUUAUUAUUAUUGUGUUAUUUGCGAAAAGUGGCUAACGCGUGGAGUAAAAAACAAUCACAAAUGCCACAACUCUACUGUCUUUGUGUACAAUAAAGAAGAGGCUUUAGAAUUUAUAAACCCCUCUAAUAAACAUCCAACACUUACAAUCAACAACAAAAUUAUCAAACGAGACGAUAUAUCACAAGAACUGCUUCAGAAAAGCGAUCCAAUUCACAGAGAUCGAGUCAAUCUUUCAAAUUUGCCAACGAACAAUUAUCUGGUGAACACCGAUUGUUUGACCAAUUUAAACACGUCAUCACAUAUCGAAAAUAUUCCAAUGUUACAAAUUACAAACACAACAUUGCGUCCACUCACUUUUCCACACACAGAAACUUUACUGUCAGACAAUCCAACAGUUUCAUCAUUCGGAAUUACAACUUCAGUAAGUGAUAUUGUACCAAUUAAUUUGAAUUACACGACUUCUGCGUUCAAAUAUAGUUCUUCUAUGUUUUCAAUUAUUCCAUCGGCAAUUGGUCUGCCUCAAAAUACACAUAAAAAUAUGAAUGACACAAUACAAAGAAACACACAACAUGAAGAAAUUUGUCAUCAGAUUACAUCAACAAGAGAAAUUCAUCUCCAAAAUCAAGAACAUUUCUCAAAUGCAAUUUCUUCACAAACACAAAAUUUAUUAAAUGAUUCCUCAACAGUUGAACACCAAAAUGAAAUGGAGCCUGAAGAUUUAACAUGUGAAGUGUCAGAACUUGAAAACUUUGUUGAGGAACUGUUCAAUUUCAACGACGGUGUUUUUGCGUUAUACACUGUAACUCCAUUUAGUGAUUACGAUGACGAGGAAAUUUCGAGACAGUUAAUUCAUUUUUGUAAAGCUCCAAUUGGAAUCGAUUUAAUUAAAUUUAAAGGAGCUUGUGACAUACUGUUUUCAGAUUCAUCAAAGGACGAAAAAGUUACAACACAACAACAACGAAAAAAAGUUUUGACUCAUAAACGUAAAGUUGUUCAAAACAUCAUAAAUCAUUUGACAACCAAAUACAAAUUUUCUGAUACGUGUUGUUCAAUUUUGAAACAAUCGUUAGUGAUUUCUUCAUCUCAAUUGACUCCAGAAGCAGUUGAUAUAUAUAAAAAACUCGCAGUUAGUUUUAGAAGUGCGCGUCGUCGACUGAAGAGUGAAAACAGUAUCACAUCGACACAACUUAUUAACGAUGUUAGAAAUUGUGUAUGUUUUGCCAUAGCAACUGAUACGUAUAAAAAGGAUGGUAUAACAUUUGUCGCAAUUUUUAUUCGUGUGUGCAUGAAAUUUGAUUUUUAUGAGUGUCCCCUUUUGUUGUCAGAGUAUUACGGAGAAAGUGAUGGUGAAUCAAUGUGUGAAUGGAUAUUCAAUGCACUUGCUUUCGAUAUCAAUAAAGAAGUGUUAUUCCCCAUUGCGCAAAUUUAUGGGCAGCACACAAGAUGGUGCAUCGGCAAAUAUGGGUGUGAUAACGGCAUGAUUAAACAUAUGCAAAUGAAACUAGUUCCUAUAAAAAAUCCAGAAGGUAAUAUAAUCGAAAGAAAGUUUUAUGGAGUACACUGCCCCGCUCAUAGAUGCAACUUGUUUGCACAAGAUGUAGGAAUGGAAGCACCAUUUGAUAUAGUGACAACAUUUAUUAAAUGCGAAUCUUUAAUUGAGCAAUUUGUCCAAGACGAAGAACAACAGGCAGAUGUAUUUGGUGAAAUGGUCGAAAAACAAAUUAAAGAAUUUGACGUUGAAAUGCAAGAUUAUAUCGAAAUAUUUUCUUUGAACAACUCCUAUAUACAUUUUAGUGUGUGUUUGUUCAAUGAUAUUUACACACUUGUAAACGAGUUGUGCAUUGAAUCACAAACACGGCUUUGUAUACUUCCAGACCUUAUAGAAACAACAAAAUGUUUUGGAGUUUACAUUGAUGUUAUAAUCAAAUCAGUCAAAGAAUCAAUUGAAAAUAAAACAGAACUUGACGAGUGUUAUUUCCCUAAAACUUCAAAGUGUAUAAAUAAUCCGUCAGUUGUACUUCAAGUUCUGAUGAAGCUAAGAUUUCAAUUCGAAUUGCGUUAUUUUAAUUGUGAUCAAACGAUUAAUGUUAACACAAAAACACAAAUUGAUUGUGAACAUUUUAUAAUAAGCGAAGCACUUGAAAAAGAAAUGAUAGAAAAACGAGAUUUGGAUUAUUUAUUUGAUAUUUUCUAUUGUCCAGAAACUAUCAUUAAGGAAGGUAAAUUCACAGCUGGUCCAGGUUAUGAAGAUAUUCAAAGAGAAAUAGAUUUAUUUGGCGUUGAAAUUGAACGAAUCCGUGUCCAACAAGGGUUGUCAAUCGAGAAAUUUUGCUGUGAUUUCAGAUCAAAACAUCAUCAGAGUGUAUUUGAACAAAAAAUAAGAGAAAGAACUGGAAUCAAAAGAAGAAUCAGUUUACGCGACUUUUUUCCUUUUAAGCGGGAAGAAUUCCCAAAGUUGUACGAAGUUGUGUGUUGCUGUAUUGCAAUAAUACCAAGUUCUGCGUGUAUUGAAAGGUACUUUUCAAAUGUCAAAUUUGCCCUAAGAGCCAAUUUAAAAAUUGAAACACUUUUUGCAAUGCUUCAGGAAGCACUUGGCAGUUAUCGAGAGAAGACUUCAAUUUCUUUAAAUUGA